CGGAACUUGUCGUCGAAACGUCAUGCACUUUUUUCGCGGCACCCGCUGGACAACCCCCAUUUCAGUCUGUCCGUCUCUAAUAUUCACAGCUGUUGCUAUCAUGUGUAGUGCAGCCCAUUCACUCUCGACAUAGCACAUUUGAACAAUUGACGGCGCGGCAAUGUCAGAUGGCGGAAAGCGCCCGUCUUCUUACUUCCAUUUCUUUGCUGGCUUGAACUCAGGCAUCCUGUCUGCAGUUCUCCUCCAACCUGCAGACCUCCUCAAGACACGCGUCCAACAGUCUCGCUCAAGCACUCUUCUGGGGACCAUCCAGUCCAUCGCAAGCGGGCCGAAUCCCAUCCGGCAGUUUUGGAGAGGCACACUACCAAGUACAUUGCGCACAGGCUUUGGCUCUGCCAUCUACUUCUCUAGCCUCAAUGCGCUGCGGCAUAGAGCCAGUCUGGUUGCGGCGGCGAGGGCGGAUGUGUCGCUGAGGGGAGGCGAGCAUUCGAGCUCGCUGCCAAAGUUGAGCAACACAGCCAACCUCGCUACAGGAGCAUUUGCACGCACAUGGGCCGGCUUUGUCAUGAUGCCAAUUACGGUCCUCAAAGUGCGAUAUGAGAGCAAUCUGUACGCAUACAAUUCCAUGUUGUCCGCCUCAAGGGAUAUUUUCCGCACAGAGGGACUCAAGGGCUUCUUUGCUGGGUUUGGUGCAACCGCGGUCCGCGACGCGCCAUAUGCAGGGCUUUAUGUUUUGUUUUACGAGCAGUCGAAGCGAAGACUGUCAAGCUUGGCAAGCAAAAUCGAGGAGACAUCGGGCGUAGCGACCAAGCUUUCGUCGAGCACGUCGGCCGGCAUCAACUUUGUCUCGGGCGUAGCGGCAGCUGGCUUGGGGACGACGGUGACUAAUCCGUUCGAUGCCAUCAAGACUCGCAUCCAACUCAUGCCCGACCAAUAUGGAAACACGAUACAAGCAGGUAAGAAGAUGCUUGCCGAGGAAGGGGUGCGAAGCUUGUUCGACGGGCUAGGCAUUAGGAUUGCCAGGAAAGCAAUGAGCAGUGCGCUCGCGUGGACCGUUUACGAAGAACUGAUUCGUCGCGCGGCGAGCCUCAAGGAGGUGGUCGAGGAUAAGAUGUAACGGGACACUGUAUUAUACAUAUGUAUUAAGUGCAUGGGCGGCGGCGUUGAUGGGCCCUGGCUAGGUAUCUCUUCGCUCUACUCGAAUAUCAGGACAAGAUGGAUAAUUUCCCAAUGGCUUGCAGCAGGUGCAUGAAUUUGGCGUUCCUGAGAGUGCUAUCUUUGGGUGCAAAUGCCUGGGAUGGCUAUCUUUGGUUGGGGGCCAGGAAUAGCCGACGUCGCUGGCGCCACACACUUGAGAGCUUACUUUGCACGUGAGCAGCCUGUUUCAUGGAGCGCUGGUAAGCUAGACAUGUGCCAUGAAGCGCGUAUCUUGAGAGCAGUG